AUGUUGUUUAUUUGGCUUGUAACACUUUUAGGGUCGUCACUGUUGGCUGCCGCGAUAGACAUUACUUCAUUUACAGCUGAAGAAAACGACCGAGGUUUUCUAACUGACUUUUACGAUGAAGAGGUGUACGACACAUUAACCAUCUAUAACGAUAGCCCCAAGGAAUGUUUAACCAUCAACCGACUAAACAAGAAUAAUGCGCGCCCUGUGCUCUUGCUCUCGCUGAGCAGUGCGCCAGUUUACUUGAAGGGCAGGUUCAAUAGUCGCAUGCUCAUCGUCAUCUGUCUGCAAGGAGAUCUACAUCCUAACGACUUGUCAACGCUAGCAAAUAGUUUACAGCAUAUGAGGCAAACGAACUUGAUGUUCCUAAUAGGGCCCACAGAGCAACCGACCAUUAUGCUAAAUCCACUGAUCCGAUUCUUCAAUCAAAAUUAUAUAACAAAUGUGGUUAUUGCCUUCGAGGGAAAUACUUCUACGAACUCUUACUAUCGUUACUAUCCAUAUCCUAACGGUAGUGUGAGACUGGAGCAUUUCAACUCUUCGCAUCGCGCUUUUCCGCCACAUUACGUCAAUUUGCAGAGGAAAACAGUUACCACAUUACCCGAUCAGCUCUUACCACGAACGGUGCUUUAUAACGAUGACGAGGGCAAGCAGUACUUAAGCGGCUACAUUGGCUAUUUGAUAUCCUCAUUUGCCCAAAAACACAAUGCGACGCUACAGUUUGCACAACCGGUAGCUGCCGGCGAGUUCAUACACAUGGCCACUUUGCAAGAGUUGGUGUUUUCGGGUCAGUUGGACUUCGGUGGCACUGUCUUCAUGCCGACGACCAGCAUCAGUGGCGAGAUGCCUUUCAUGUCUUAUCCCGCGGAGUACGGCAGAUGGUUGCUUAUGUUACCUUGCCCACAGCCGAUACCCAUCGCUGAAAUCUUCACCAUUAUUGUCACAGUGGAAACUAUUCUCCUACUGGUUCUACUUUACAUUGUAUUCGGCGUGGUAGAUGCGCUUGAAGAAUGGACGUUUCGGAAGAAUGGACGGCAACUUCAGUAUUUACUAUUAAAUGACAAAAAUUUGCGAGGCUUUUUGGGGCAAUCGUUCCCCAUUCCGAUGGAAGCGCCUUUGCUAUCGCUGAACAUCGUAUACUGCUGCCUCCUGGUACUAGGAUUUUUCAUCAAUAGCAUGUAUCCCACAUUUCUCAAUAGUCUGCUCAUUAGUCCUCCGCUGUCGUCGGAAAUUAUUACCUUUGAAGAUUUGCAUCGAAGCGGCCAACGUCUAAUGUUUGAUGCUCAAGAAGCAAGAAAGAUCAAAAUCGUUCUCGGUGAUGAGUUUGAGCGCAAGUUUGAUGGCGUUUACGUACUUCGAGAGACGAAAAUAUUUCAGGAGAAACGAGAAUCUAUGGACACCGCUUAUGGAUACACUGUGCCCGAGAUUCGUUGGCCUAUUUUUGAAAUGCGUCAGGAGUUUUUUGCACGGAAGGUAUUCUGUUUGGCGCCAACGCUGAAAUUCUGGUCAGUACUAAUGGGUAGCAUACCCAUCGGUGAGAAUUCAGCUUACAAGGAGCCCAUGAAUCAUUUAAUAGUCCGUGCUAUGGUUUGUUGA